CGGCCCUGGCGAAAUAUCGAUAUCAACCAAUCAGAGUGCGCGUACAUCACUGUUGGUAAUUAGGAGCAGACGCCGGCAGUACGUGGAAGCUAAGUGCUACGGACACAAGUCACACGAGCAACAUGAAGUCUGCAGCUUUAAUCUUGUUAUUUGUCUUCUGUUCUGUCCAAUGUCGGAAGAUAUUGCCGAUAAACAAAAAUGCUAACAUCGACUUUAUUAAUAUGGAGAGUGGUUUCGGGCAGCCUACCGCGGCCAGAACGGGCCCAGCAGCCGCGCCGGUAGUGCCUAAACCAGCACCCGCACCGGCACCUGCACCCGCACCCGCACCGGCACCUGCACGCGCACCGGCACCCGCACCUGCACCAGCUCCUGCACCCGCCCCCAAGGCUCCAACCCCAGCUCCUAAGCCAGCAGCUCCCCAAUCACCCUCCAAGCCUGCUCAACUUUCCCCUCCGCCCGCUCAGAACAAGCCCGGCUUGGUCAUCCCGCCCGGACCAGCCCAACCUACUCCAACUCCUGGCCCCGGUAGUGUUAAAGCACUUAUCAACUACUACGACAGCAGAGGCAAUGCCAGUCCCAUCCGUCCUUACAGCUACAGCCAGGCGGUCAAGCAGGGGUAAACAACAACGUACCUACAAAGUGAUAAAUCGUGCCAUUGUGAUGUGAACAACUAAUUGUAUGGUUUGCAGAUUAAUGAACUUGUACCGUAUGAAUGUUAUUCUAAAAAUACUUGAAUACCAUGUAAAUAGCGACGAACUUCAUUGAACAACAUUAUUUAUUGUAUAUUUUGAAGAAUGAAUAAAAGUAUGUAUGUAUA